AUGAGUGUCAAGGGAAGAGCAAGUGACUUAGCGCACCGAGACCAAAACAGAGAAGGCAAUCCAUCACUACCAGCACCCUUUUUCGUGUCCAAGGUUUUCAACAUGUUUUCAACUGCUGAACUGCUUAUCUGCACGUUGGAAACUGUAUCUAUGCACAACGGCUCCGAUAGUGGAGGGACUAUAAGUGCCGAUUUCCAUUUGUGUGGAAAGACUCCCUCACGCAGGGAACGGUUAAAUAUGAGUGUCAAGGGAAGAGCAAGUGACUUAGCGCACCGAGACCAAAACAGAGAAGGCAAUCCAUCACUACCAGCACCCUUUUUCGUGUCCAAGGUUUUCAACAUGUUUUCAACUGCUGAACUGCUUAUCUGCACGUUGGAAACUGUAUCUAUGCACAACGGCUCCGAUAGUGGAGCGCCUCAGUUUAUAUGCCCUAAGGAUGACAAUGCUACUGUGGAGAAGCCUGAUAACACCGUUAUCACCUUGCAGACAGCUGCAGACGCAGAUAUGCGUAUAGACUGGACCGUGCGGUGGACUCCGCUGGUUGCGCCUACGCAGCGUUUUACUUUGCUGCUGUGGAAAGCGGUGCGAGCACUUGAAGCGCGACUGAAUCAACCGCAGCCAGAGCCCUAUGUUUAUGUCAUAGAGAACAGCCAGAUGCUGAAAGGCGUGAACUACAUCUUCAACGUCAGCUCGGUCGAAUCGAACGGUGACGUCAGCGAGCCCAAGUGCUUCAACAUCGACAACACGCAGGGCGACCAUGAGCUGACGAUCGAGGGUCGAAGCGAUAUGUUUUCCGUCGUUCUGGUGGGCGCGCAGGCGGCUUUGGCUGACGUGACGUAUGUGGUCGAAGCGCAAGUUACUACCUGUACACCCACACAGGAUUAUUAUUUUGCCUGGAGUGUGCAGAGUCUUAGCACUGAUGAUAUGGUGAACGUCUCACACAUACAAGGAUCGAGGUUGGAGGUCCCUCCUCACACUCUGAGACCUGGCUUGGUUUACAGCGCGUCGUGCCAAGUCAUACGGGCUAGCAACGGGAACUUUAUUACGCAGACCAGUCUACCUUUCGGGGUACGGUUUCGUGGAUUAGAAGUGUACCUUAGCAUUGACUAUUUACGGGUGACAAUUAACCAGCCUUUCUCCAUUGAAUCGAUUGUAAUCAACCACGAUUACUAUGGUAACCCUGUCACAUUCGCGUGGAAAUGCACAUACAAUGAUGAAGACUGUAAUAUAGAAACCGAUUUGGACGGAGAAACUUUGAUCUUUCCUUCUGGACUAUGCGAUGACGGCGAGUAA